AUGGCCGCUUCCUCCUCAACCCGUAAAUUACGCAUUUUGGCUUUGCACGGAUACACUUCAAACGCAUUCAUUUUACAAAGACGUCUAGGCGCAAUUCGAAAAGCAUGUAAAGAAAAUGCUGAAUUCAUUUUUGUAAACGGUCCAAUACGUGUCGAACCAAUCACUGAUGCUGCAGAGAGCCUAGACGCUCCUGAUCGGAUCUCCAAAGCGAACGAUCCAACGAUCCCACUGGAAGAACAACCACGAGCAUGGUGGCGAUCAAGUGAUGAAGGCGUCUAUUUGCAGUUUGACGAAACGAUUGAAUAUCUCAAUAAAGAAAUCGCUCAACAUGGUCCUUUUGAUGGCGUGUUUGGUUUCUCCCAAGGCGCUUGUUUUGCCGCUUUGAUCGCUUCGGCAUUCGAAGAUCCUUCCCGGUAUCCCAAAUUCAAGCUGCCCAAAGAGCAAGGACCAUUAAGAUUCUGCGUCGCAGUAUCCGGUUUCCGAUCAAGGGAUCCAAACAUGCAAACUUUGUUCCCGGAAGAUGGCAUUCAAACACCUAUCUUGCACAUCCUAGGAAAAGCAGAUCAAAUCGUAGAUGAAGACCGAGCACAAACUCUCGUUCAAGCAGCCGCAAAUUCUCGCGUUGAACAUCAUGAAAGUGGACAUGUGAUUCCUUCACAAGCGCCUUGGAGGAACUUCUUACGGGAUUUCUUUGCAAGCUUUGUACGGGAAGGCGAACCUGCCGAUGCAUGGAGAACAGUCAUCGGACCAAACUCAAGACCAAAAGGAGAGCAUUCUGAACCCAAUUCCGGCACAGUCACACCUCGUCCAGAGAGUGAGAGAACGGGAACAGCUGACAAAUCCAGUUUGUAA